CUACAAUCGAACUCCGCCACCACUCCGCUCCAUACGGGCUGGCCACGCCGCACUGGAACAAAUACUUAUAAUGCGGCAAUCUCUCGCGAAUGGAUCGUCUGUGUACGCUCCUCCUGCUACUAUGUUCUCAUUCCGCAAUCAGCAGCAUCGUUGAACACGAUGCGCCGCCGACGAAAUGGUCUAGCAGCUUCCUGCGAGCCAUGCCGCCAACGGAAACUGCGCUGUGAUCAUGGAAAAGCGCCUUGUCAGAGAUGCCGCCAACGAGGACUGCAAUCGCAGUGCCACUAUCACCCUGCCCCCUUGACCAAGGCUGCCGGUUCAUUCGUUCAACUUGUGGAGGACGAGGUCUCGUCGGUUGAGUGUCCAUCAAUUUCCACCGAUCCGAAAGAUCUCAGUACCCAGCACGGCGUUACCACUCACUCUCUCGCUGCUGGUCACGAACGACAGGUGGCCCUCGUCGAAAGCGUAUUGCUCGAGCUAAGCCAACUUCCUUUCUUGCGGAGUCUUAUACAUCAGUACUACGCCGUUAGCAAGUCGAACAACAUACCGGCGCCGCUAGUUUUGCCGGCCGUCGAGUCACUUUUCGGCCUCGUUAAUAAGAGCGGAGAAAUUGCAAAGCAUUCAUUGCGUCCACUGGCUGAAGCCGUGAUUCGCUCAACGGCUAGACCGAUCGUGGUCACAGAGGCCUUAUCGGCGCAAGAGUUUCUUGCUAUGCACACUGGCGAGAAUCUCCGUCUGGAAUAUCUCGGCAUUAUCUACUCCAUCGCCGGCCGAGCCAGCGAAGUCAUGCUUCCAAAGCAAGGACAGGCGGACGACCGCUUGGUGUACAAGUUGUUUCGACACAGUGAUACUUGUCUGCAACUGGCAAGUGAGAUAGCGCCUGCGAUUACUGAUGCGAUUGUGUGGCUUUCGCUCGAGAACAGCGUCUUAUGCACAGUGGCGUGUGGAGAUGACAGUGAGACUGUGGAGCGGCAUCUAGGAAACCUUUCCUCCCACCUCUUCGCCAUGGGCUAUCAUCGUGAGACCAUCAGUACAGCCAACACGCCAUUCUUCCUUGCCGAGUGUCGCAGGUGGACCUUCGCCAAGGCAUACAAUAUGGAAAUACUCUUUUCAGCACUCAGAGGCCGCCCACCGCGCGUGUUGAUGAGAUACAGUGACACCAAGCUCCCCCUUGACCUGGCGGAUGACGAUAUUGUCGCAGAUGCCUUGCAGCGAGAGCAGGCGUGCGCAAGGCUCUCGGCCGACGGCUGGAACACUGCCGGCCACUACUUUACCGCGUCUUUCCGGCGUGCAAGGGGCAUCGCUCUACAGAUCAGAGAGGAGGCGCUCGAGUACGAAUAUCGACCCAUGACUCCGGAAAGACUGGCGGAAUUGAGCGAUUUAUCGGCUCGAUGUCGAAGAGCUUGGGAAGAUCUUCCACCACACAUGAGAUACACACCGAGCUGCUGGGACUUGGACUUGCCGCCCAUAACAUGCAUGACGCUACUGAUGAUCAAGGUUGGAUUUCUACAGAGUGACCGCGAGAUCUUCCGGGCCAUGGAGCGCAUAGACCCGCAGGCCACAGCAUCCUCGCUCGUUGUUGCACAUGAGUCGCUGACUCUUAUCACGCACCUGAGCGACGCUCGCGGAAGAUCGCCCUACAUUCGUCACGAGUUCUCAUCUGUUGUUUUGGGCUACGGCUUGCCAUGUGCUAUCGUGCUCGCCACCGCAUCAAAGAAGCUGAGCCAGCCAGCAGGAUUGAAUUACACCCUUCCAGAGGGCGUCACCCGAUCUACUAUCAUUCGCGACCUCGCAGUUUUCGUGUCGCAGCUCGACAGCAUGGCUUUGAGCGCAGAGUCCAACGCCGAGGCCUGCGGACAAGCUUCACGCGCCAUCUCGCGCACGCUAGAUGACUUGUUAAAUGUGCCGUUGAUGACUGCUACGUUGGGGUCGUCGACUGCCGCAAGGGCUGCGAAUGUCGCCGAUGAUGACUUUCAGGGGGCUGAUCUUGAUGCGAUGCUGGACGAUUUUGACUUGGCCGAUUGGAUCAAGAGCAUUGAAGGCACAAGUAGCUCCGUUGAUUGGUACAAUUUCUAAGCGGAUCGAAUGUUGUAUUAUACUUCAUAAAGAAAACCCCGACUUUCAACAUGAAGCAUGAAGUCUCGUCGGUUCAUCUUGAU